AUGACCCAGCACACAGUCGCCGUCCCGGCCUCGGUCCUCGCCGCGUCCGACGCGAUCACCCUCUCCUCUCUCUCCGCCCCCCUCGUCGCUGCAGAGCAAAAGUCGGCCAACAAGUCCCCAACUGCGCCCCGCGACCCGCACGUCCUGCCCACCUUCUCGCGCUCGCAGUCACCCAUCCUCUACCUGCCCCCGCUGCUCUCCUCCCUGCCCGAGGGCGUCGUCCACCCCGGCUACCCGCUCUCGUCCCCGAACCCGCUCUCGACCGCGUCGCGCCUGCCGACGAUCGACCACGCCUCGCUCUCGCUCCACCGCGCGCUGCACCACUUCCGGCCGGUGACGGACGAGUACGCGACGGUCCCGUACGCGGACGCGUUCAACUGGGACGAGUUCGAGCUCCCGGAGGACGAGGAGCGCGAGUGGUACUGCGUCGCGUUCCGGAGCAAGCGGCGCGACGGCAGCGACGGCGGACCGCUCUACGACGCGGACAAGAAGGCGCACGAAGAAGCGGUGCAGAACGGAGGCCUGAUCUUGUACUGGUACGGCACCCCCCAUCCCACCAAUGGGCUCAACCUCGCGACCUGCAUCUGGCAGUCGCGCGCGCAUGCCGCCGCCGCCAACUCGCGCCCACACCACGUCCGGGCGAUGCGCCUUGCCGCCGCGUCGUACGAGCGCUACGACCUCGAGCGGUAUCGGCUCCAGAAGCGCAAGGGUGAGCGCGGCGUCCACGUCGAGGCCUACGACGGUGGGGACGUUGGCUGGUGA